UGUUACACCGAAAAUAUCUCGCUGUCGCCUGUAGUAUAUAUUUGACAUGUAGAUCUAAAUAGAUACAGAAAGCGCACUGUUUAGCUGUAGCAUAACGAAAUAGUUCCUUUUCGACAUCGUUCCAGGUGCAGAUGAAUGAAGCUACUCGCGGCUAGAUGGUGCUCUGCGCAACCUUAAAAGGGCAACCAGAGUGGCCUGUGGGACCCGCUUGAUCGCGCCAUACCGCUGGAGCCCAACUGACCUGUGUAGGUGAGAGGCGGUUGCUAUGGCGUCCUCUAAGGAUGCUGUGAGGCGUCAGAGACGGAGAGAGUUGGACGCGAGGCGGAGUAAGUCCCGCGUGCGCCUGGGAGCGUGCCUCCCACACUGGGGUCAGCUCAAGGACACGCUGGGGUUCACACUGCACUCCGAGCUGGCCCAGUACCUGCUGGAGAGCUACAUCUCUAAGGCGUCCGCAAAGUGCUCAUGCUCCAGAGAGGAGUGUGCCAUCAUGGCGUCGGUGGAGUCCCUCACCAGGCUGGUGCUGCUGGUCCACAGUCACGGGCAGCGCUGCCCACACCCCCCCUCCCUCCAGCCGGGCUCGGGCACCACCGCAGGGUCCACUCCGUGCCCAGUCCAGAGCCGGGCACCCAGCGGGACGACUGAGCAGGGCGCUAACGCCAGCGGCGGGUCAGAGACCGGGCCUGUGCCCACGGGCAUCGGACCUGCGGGACCUUCGGGACCCCCGGAGGUGGAGGUGGAGGAGGAGCUCUGUCUGAGCUACGUGUGCCAGAGCGGCCAUGUCUUCACCUGGAGCCCAAAGGCACCGGCGGGCGAGGGGGGCGAGGGAGGAGGGGGCGCCACUGGCAGGGGCACGAGUCUCACUGCAGCCCCCCCCAAAGACUCAAGUCUCACUGCUGCCCCCCGCAGGGAGUCGGGGUCGUGGGGGAACGGGGAGGGCGAGCGGUGGGGGGCCGGAGUGGACGAGGGCUCAGGCAUGAGGACCAGGAGUCGCAGGGUGGCGAGGGUGGAGGUGCUGACGCCGCAGCGGGCAUCACAGCGGGCAGAGGAGGGCACGAGGGACCAGGUGGAGCCGCCCGGGCGCGCUGCCGAGGAAGCGGACGCCAGAGAGGGCAGCGGGCCGGUGGACACAGACACUGGAAACGUCGCCAUGCCGACAGGAUUUCCUCAAUCAUCGCAGCCCUGCACUGGCACAGUCCCAUCACCUAAAGUGACCAAUGGGAGCCCUAACAAGAGGACAGAACUUUCGGACCACAGCAGCCCGACUACAGGACCAGUCACACGGACCACCAGCAGGACCAGCGGGCUGAACGACGAGGCUCCUUUGACUGGGGGCAAGAGAAAGAGGAAGGCAACCCCCAAAGAAAUACUGCUGUGCUCCUAUGAGGGCUGUGAGAAGAUCUUCUCCAAUCGACAGUACCUCAACCAUCACAUGAAGUACCAGCACGUCCAGCAGAAGACCUUCGUCUGCUCCCACCCCACCUGCGGGAAGUCCUUCAACUUCAAAAAACACCUCAAGGAGCACGAGAAGCUGCACAGUGACCAGAGAGACUACAUCUGUGAGUACUGUGCUCGAGGCUUUCGCACCAGUAGCAACCUGCUCAUCCAUCGACGUAUCCACACAGGAGAGAAGCCACUACAGUGUGAGGUGUGUGGUUUCACCUGUUGCCAGAAGGCCUCUCUGAACUGGCACAUGAGGAAGCACAACGCCGAGCGCUCGUACCAGUUCCCCUGCGACAUCUGCGGCCGCCGCUUUGAGAAGAGGGACAACGUCACCGCCCACCGGAGCAAGAGCCACCCCGAGUGCCCUUCUGCCCCUGCCGUCGCUUCCACUGCCCUCUCCGCCCCUGCCGUCGCUUCUACUGCCCUCUCUGCCCCUGUGGCUUCCACUGCCCUGUGUCCUGCCCCUGUGGCUUCCACUGCCCUCUCUGCCCCUGUGGCUUCCACUGCCCUCCCUGCCCCUGUGGCUUCCACUGCCCCGUGUCCUGCCCCUGCAGAAGUCUGCAUCACCUACCCAGGCUGCUGAGGGGCGGUCAGAAAACAAGGGUCGUGCUGAAACAUCAGCGCCUGAUCUACUGACCGAGAACCAUCCAAAGGCUGACCAAUACCAAUGCCCCCCCCCAAACUCCUUGUCACCGCAGAGACACGAUAACAUGGACACUACUGCAAUGACCCCCCCCCCCCAUCCCCCAACCCCCCUCUCCUUAAGCAGCAGCAACAACCUUUUAGUUAACAGGGACAAUACUGACAACAGGGAACAGACCACUGACUUUGGUUGUAUAAUAUGCUCACAUUGCUCAGGGUCCUUGCAAUAGAGAUGGUACUGACAGUAGUUUUGAGAGUAUGACGUUCUUUAUUCCUGUAUUGAUUAGACGUUGUAUAAAUCAAGUGCAUUAAGCUUACAGGAUACCCCAGUCAAAUCUCCUACCUGUACCACGACUACCUCAGAAUUCCCUCGCGGAUCAUAAUAUUCCUAGGCUGGGUGAACCCUGCCUGACCUGCCGGCGAAUUUGGAUUUCGCCCGGCAGCUCAGGCUGGAAACCUGCUUCCUGUCCUGUACUGUAGGUGAACUGGUGUCAGCCAUUUGCUUAGAGUUCAGCUGUCUUAUUUUAUCAAGGGAUCUAAACUUGCAUGUAGAUAAUCCUGAAAGCACUAAGGACUGAACUGUGCUAUUUGAUACCUUCUACCUGACACACUCUCGUGGUCACGCCUUCAACCUUGUUAUCACAAGUCACUGACAAGCAGAAAGCACCUUGGAAACAAAAUCCAGCUGUUAAAAUCCUAAAAAGAGAAUGUAGAAAGACUGAAAGAAAAUGGCCGAAACACAAACUUCAGAUCCACC